CAGUGUAGAGGAGUGAAAUGUAUUACAUCCUGUUGAAAUCAACACAUGUGGACAAACUGACAAACAGUCUGAAAUAUUUAGUAUCGAGGUAAUUUAAGGCUAAAAUGGCGUCAUUGAGGAAUUUGGAGAAAGCAAGGGCGAGGGAACACAGGGAGAGAAGCCAGCCGGCUGCUAGAGCUAAAUUGGGGUACUUGGAGAAGAAGAAGGAUUACAAAGCCAGAGCUGAUGACUACAAGAGACAGCAGAACUCCAUUAAAGCUCUGAAAAGGAAAGCUUUGAGCAGAAAUCCAGAUGAAUUUUACUUCAACAUGGUCAAGACCCAGAAAGUGGACGGGGUACAUCAACGGAGGGAAGAAGCAGAACCAGAAGUGACAGAGGUUCAAACCAAAAUAAUGUUCUCUCAGGAUCUCCGAUACGUCAAUAUGAAACGGACAUCAGAAUUGAAGAAAAUAGAGAAGCUGAAGGCCUCUUUGCAUCUCCUUGACAGCGAAGAUAAACCGAAAAACCAACACGUAAUUUUUGUGGAUUCAGAGAAAGAUGUCGAGAAAUUUGAUGCAGCAAAGCACUUCAACACCCAUCCCUCCCUGCUUGGACGGGCGUACAACAGAUCCACCACACAGAUGUUACAAGCAGGGCAGAUAACGUCGCCCACUGACCCAUCAGAACUAGAGGAAGUGGCUAAAGAAAAGGAAAAGAAAUACAAGGAACUGACCAAACGGAUUGAACGUGAAAAAGAACUUGGCAUUAUUGCACAGAAAUUGCAGAUGAAAAAACAUCUAAUGGCUAAAAAAGAAAAGAAAAAGAAAGUCGCUGACGAGACAAAAUCUUCAGCAGCUCAGUACAGAUGGUGUACUCAAAGGAAAAAGUGAAACUGUUCGAAAAUGUUUGACAUUUUGCACAGUCAACAAAAUGCGAGAGGAUACAAAAUGCCUUGUUUAGCUCAUGGAAUUCAAAAUGGUUUCUUUGAAAGGCUGUAUUAGGACUUGCUCUAUUGCUGGCCCUGUCUGUGUCUUCAUGGUCUGGAAACCCACUAUCGAACUCUCCUGUGGUGGAAAUGUACAAUUGGGUUGAUGCAGACUCGGAGCAUUAUGUGUAAUUGAUGUUUUGUCCCGAUUUUGGUACGAUAAAGGCUAUAACAUAAGCCCCCCCACAUUGCAGUUUUCAGUAGAACGACCUAUACAUACCUAUGGUCUACAGGUGUGAGAUAUUCGGUAAUGUGGGUAAGAAGGACUACAGUCCUUCUCAAAAUAUGUAUCUCAUGAAAAUCAGAGUGAAGAAAAAACUGAUAUUGGUAUGUUUGGAAAGUGAUCAUUUGUACAUUUGAGAAGAAAUGAUAGGUGUGUGUGCUGUCAUUAUUAACUCAUUAACCCCUGAUGACACAUUUGAACUCUUCCAAUUCAAAGGUUGGAAUAGUUCAUUAUGAAAUUUCAGGGGUGAAUUGAGUUAGUGAACUGAAUGUGAGUCAUGUUUGAAGUGGGCUGGAACCACACAAUUGAUUGAUUAAAAUGUUUAAGGCUAAUCAGAUUGAUCUUUUUAUUUUAACAUAGAAUUAAGGAUGCGUUCUAAAUGUACUUAAGGAAACAUUUGAAAAGUUUACAAGUAAAUAAACAAAUAGAUUUUGACAAUGUAGGGGAGAUAACUAUGACACAAAGGUAGCAUAUAACUUUACUGUUCUCCACUUGGAUGUGUUUUAGGUAAGGGGUGUUCUAGUACCAACCCUUUGGGAGGAGUGGGAUGCACAUUAUCAGAGACCCUCCCACCCAUCAAAUAUCAAAAUGUUUUGACAAUGCUUGGUUGGCAGAUCUGAAUUUGACCCUACCACCCAUCGUGUAUUAAUACCGGUGCUUCCUACCUCCCCUGUUCCAUUAAUUGAGAAUUAGCUAUGUUUUGUUAAUAGCAGAUCACAGAAAUCUACACAGCUACAAUUAGUUUUAUGUAUCACUGUACACUGUACUGUAUAAAACUUGAUUUUCAUGUAUUCACAGUUUUCGUCCUAGGUAAACUGCAAAUAUCAGUAUAGUUUACAUUGAAUAUUUGUCAAUACUGAGAAUUCUAACCAACGAACAUGGAAAUCCUGCGAGUUGUUUAUACGUGGCAUUGGUUUAGUAAUGAAAAUAGGUGAAAAUCAGGUGGAACAGUAUAUUAGUCCUGCAGAUAAUGCUCAACUAAUUAACAUAAUCACAAUGUUAAGCUAAUUUAUAGAAGUAUUUAUUAGGAAUAUAAUUCACCAGCACGAUACACCCAAUGAUAAUAUACUCAAAAUGAGCAACAAGCAGACUAAGGAAGCACUACUUUUCAAUAAGAACUGUACCAAUAUGGAGUAAAUUACCUGAAACUGUUAUAUCGGCACCAAAUGUUAACUUUUUAAAAAAAAUAAAAAAUUGGACAAUCAUUGGAACAAUCAAGAACUUUUCUACAACUACAGAGCUACAAUCAUAUAUCAAUCAAACUUUGUAUAUAUAAAGAAAAUGAGCUGUUUUUAGGCUUGAGCUUGUGCAGUGGUGCGACGUCCGGCGUCAAUAUUUUACUUUUAAACAACUUCCUCUCAAUAACCAAAAGGCCCAGGGUACUGAUAUUGGGCCUG